GUCAAAAAAACUUGACAAACGGGCGGCGGCGGGCGAGCGAGCUGCGUUUGUUUUGAUUGGAUUUUGGAUUGAUUAUUUCUGUUUUCUUAAAGUUUAUAAACAAUGGACGGUGAUUUAUAUGAUGAAUUUGGUAACUACAUCGGUCCUGACCUGGAGUCGGACUCGGAUGACGAUCAGAGUGUGUACGGACAAGAAAAUCGCGAUGCCGACGAGGACGCUAUGGAUGAAGACGAAGAUCCUGACGCUGAGCCCGAGGCUGCGCCAAUGUCCGUUGUACUGCACGAAGAUAAACGGUAUUACCCCCAAGCUGUAGAAGUAUAUGGACCGGAUGUGGAAACAGUUGUGCAAGAGGAAGAUACACAAGCGCUGGACAAACCUCUAGUGGAGCCUGUAAAGCAUAAGAAGUUCCAAGUCCAAGAACAACAGCUGCCGGAGACUAAAUAUGACAUGGAGUACUUGGCUGAUAUGCUGGAUAAUACUAAUCUUAUGAGGAAUGUUACACUGAUGGGACAUUUACAUAAUGGCAAGACAUCGUUUGUAGACUGUCUGAUCCGCCAGACACAUCCAGGCACAAUCAAUAAUGAAACCACAAUUCCCAUGAGGUACACAGACACAUUAUUUGUGGAGCAAGAGAGAGGAGUAUCAAUCAAGUCUAUGCCGGUCACUCUACUGCUGAAGAAUAUAAAGGGAAAGUCCCAUUUGCUCAAUAUCAUGGACACACCAGGACAUGUCAACUUUAGUGAUGAAGUUACCUCUGCAUUGAGGAUCUCUGAUGGUGCAGUCCUAUUUGUAGACGCAGCAGAAGGAAUAAUGCUCAACACUGAGCGACUCCUGCGCCAUGCGGUACAAGAACGAGUUCCACUAACUCUCUGCAUCAAUAAGAUCGACCGCCUCAUCUUAGAGCUUAAGCUACCUCCAGCAGAUGCAUACUACAAAUUGAGGCAUAUUAUUGAUGAGCUGAACACUAUGUUGGAGACCAACCAGCCGCAGGAUAAUCCUGAUGAGCCUGCUUUGGUGUUCUCACCACUAUUGGGCAAUGUAUGCUUCGCCUCAUCCCUGUACGACGUAUGCUUUACGCUGGAGUCGUUCGCGGCGAUGUACUCCGCGUCGCAGCCCGCCGCUGGGCUGAAGGCGGCGGACAUGUCCGCGUGGCUGUGGGGCGACGUGUACUUCAACGCGAAGACCAGACGGUUUACAAGGAAGCAGCCUCAUUCGUCCGCGCAGAGGAGUUUUGUGGAGUUUAUCUUGGAGCCGUUGUACAAGAUAUUUGCUCAGGUAGUGGGCGACGUAGAUGACACUCUGCCGGCGGUGCUCGCCGAGCUGGGCAUCAAGCUCAGCAAGCAGGAGUCCAAGCUAAAUGUCCGGCCGCUUUUGAGGCUCGUCUGCAGCCGGUUCUUCGGGGACUUUUGCGGUUUCGUUGAAAUGAUAGUCCGUCACGUGCCGUCGCCGCUAGAUGGCGCCGAGCGCAAAGUGCGUCACGCGUACCGCGGCGCGGGGGCGGGGGCGGGGGCGGGGGCGGGGGCGCUGUGCGACGACAUGCUGGGCUGCGACCAGUCGGGCCGCCUCGUCGCGCACACCACCAAGAUGUACCCCACCGACGACUGCACCUUCUUCUUGGUAUUAGCACGGAUAAUGUCAGGCACGCUGUACGCUGGGCAAACUGUCAGAGUGUUGGGUGAGAAUUACAGCACCCAGGACGAAGAGGACUCCAGGAUCAUGAACGUUGGCAGGCUGUGGAUAUACGAGGCCCGGUAUAAGGUGGAACUCAAUAGAGUGCCAGCUGGUUGCUGGGCCCUUGUGGAAGGCAUCGACCAACCAAUCGUGAAGACCUGCACUGUGGUGUCCGCAGACGAGACCGAGGAGCUGCACACAUUCAGACCACUGAGGUUCAACACCCAGGCCGUGGUGAAGAUUGCUGUGGAACCUGUCAACCCUUCGGAAUUGCCCAAAAUGUUGGAUGGACUUAGGAAGGUGAACAAAUCAUACCCGCUUCUAUCAACUCGGGUGGAAGAAAGUGGCGAACACGUGAUCCUGGGCACGGGCGAGUUGUAUCUGGACUGCGUCAUGCACGACCUUAGGGAUAUGUACUCGGAGAUCGAUAUCAAAGUUGCGGACCCAGUAGUCUCGUUCUGCGAGACAGUAGUAGAGACGUCUUCACUGAAAUGUUUCGCGGAGACCCCCAACAAGCGGAACAAGUUGACCAUGAUAGCGGAGCCCCUGGAGCGAGGUCUCGCCGAGGAUAUAGAGGCCGGAGCUGUGUGUGUCACGUGGGACAGGAAGCGGCUUGGGGAGUUCUUCCAAACCAAAUACGACUGGGACUUGCUGGCCGCGCGGUCGAUAUGGGCGUUCGGGCCUGACACCACGGGACCUAACAUCCUGGUUGACGAUACGCUGCCCUCAGAGGUAGACAAACAUCUGUUGGCAUCAGUCAAAGACAGCAUUGUACAGGGUUUCCAAUGGGGUACCAGAGAAGGUCCGCUAUGCGAGGAGCCGAUAAGGAACGUGAAGUUUAAGAUUCUCGACGCGGUCAUAGCGCAGGAACCACUGCACAGGGGCGGCGGACAGAUCAUACCUACAGCUAGACGAGUGGCGUACUCGGCGUUUCUGAUGGCGACUCCGCGGCUGAUGGAGCCCUACCUGUUCGUGGAGGUGCAGGCGCCCGCCGACUGCGUCUCCGCCGUCUACACUGUACUCGCCAAACGAAGAGGUCACGUGACCCAAGACGCGCCCGUGGCCGGCAGCCCGCUGUACACGAUCAAGGCGUUCGUGCCCUGCAUUGACUCGUUCGGCUUCGAGACCGACCUGCGCACGCACACGCAGGGCCAGGCCUUCUGUCUGCAGGUGUUCCACCACUGGCAGAUCGUGCCCGGCGACCCUCUGGACAAGAGCAUCGUCAUCAGGCCCCUAGAGCCGCAGCCGGCGACCCAUCUCGCGCGAGAGUUCAUGAUCAAGACGCGCCGGCGCAAGGGGCUCAGCGAAGACGUCUCCAUCAACAAGUUCUUCGACGACCCCAUGUUGCUGGAGCUGGCGAGGCAGGACGUGCAACUGAACUAGAUAAAUAUAUGUUAUAUGAAAUUA